AUGUCUACCGAAACAACAACAGCAGCAGAAACAAAACCUUUCAUAACUCCCUCACAUUCCUCAGAUGGUGCUGGCAAUGACAUAAUGAGGGAUAUAGUACUAUGGAAGAGGAAGAAACUCAGUACUUUUGUUCUGAUUGCGGCAACAGCAACAUGGGUUUUGAUGGAAGUAUAUCAAUAUAACUUCCUCACUCUCAUCUCAUGGCUCACCAUCUUAGUUGUUACAUCAAUAUUCCUCUACGCCAAAAUGCUUACACUUUUGGGCAAGGAACCACCAAAAUUGUUGAGGUUGGAGUUGAAAGAAGAAACAGCUAUAAGAAUGGCAAACAUAGUUAGAGCAAGGAUUGAAGAACCAAUAAGGUGGUUGUUCAGGGUGACCAUACAGGAAGAUUGGUCUGUGCUUGUGGGAGUUAUCGCUAGGUUUUUGGCACUCUCUUAUGUUGGAACCUGCAUGGACUUCCUCACAUUCAUUUAUAUAGGUAUAUUGUGUGGUAUGACAGUUCCUGUAAUUUAUAUGAAAAACGAGGACAAGAUAAAGAGAUGCAUGGAGUGGUUGAGGGAGAAAUAUAAGAGAUCUUAUGAGGUUAUAGAUGAAAAGGCCAUUAGAAAGAUCAAAAGCAGAAUACUAAAUGAGAAGAAAAUAGAGUGA